AUGGCUCGCUGCAGGGUUCCGAGCGGAACUUCGCACUGUAGCACAGAUCUGGGAACUUUGCCAGCCUUGAAAGGAACGUUCCUUGCGAUGUUACGUCGUUGCUUAUUUCGAAGUUCUUUGCUUGCGAGGAGAUCAUUAGUUGUCUUGGGCAUCGAGACCAGCUGCGACGAUACGGCUGUGGCACUGGUACGGGAUGACAAGAUAGUAUUGUCGUCGAAAAGAUUUGCUGACAGAGAUACACAACGUAGAUUAGGCGGAAUAUCUCCGCGAGAAGUAGCCCUUCAGCACAAGGAACACCUUCCUCGGCUACUUGAUGAAUGUCUUAGAGACUCCGGUUUUACAGUCUCCGAUGUUGAUGCUAUAGCAGUCACCACGAAGCCUGGUCUCGUUAUUGCUCUCAAGGAGGGAAUACGAAAAGGUCUUGAGUUGUCGAGAACUUAUAAGAAAGAUCUCAUCUCCAUCCAUCACAUGCGUGCCCAUGCUUUGUCUGCCUUUUUGGUGUGUGAAUCUCUGUCGUUCCCUUUCGUAUCUGUUUUGAUUUCUGGUGGCCAUGCUUUAAUAGUACUAGUCCGGUCGCCAAGCAACUUUACUAUAUACGGUGAGAGCUCCUCAGGCAGUCCGGGAGAGUGUCUCGACAAGAUUGCGAGAGAGUUGAAAAUUAACGAAAUGCCAGAGUUUCUGAAUGAUCAUCCUGGAGCUGCUGUUGAGAAGUUAGCGAGUAGAUCAUCGCCAGAAGGUUAUUUACGGUACUCGGUAGUGGGUCCACAUACAUCAGGUGCAGACAUGCACUUUGCACAGCUCAAGUCUUCGUUCCUAAACCUCGCUAGAAAAUAUGCCAAAGACGAGGAUUUCAGCGUUAAAGAUUUUUGUGCGAGUGUGCAGCAUCACGUUACUCGCCAUGUCGUGUCUAAGUUGCACAACUGUCUUGAACACCUACGUAACGUAGAUCGACUGCAUGGUGUUCAGUAUAUUGUCAUAAGUGGUGGAGUAGCAGCGAACGAAUACAUUUGCAAUGGAAUCUCCAAGCUUGCUCAUUUUCAUGGUUUGGAAAUUGUUCGCAUACCUCCUCGAUUGUGCACUGAUAAUGCUGAAAUGGUUGCUUGGAACGGGAUAAUGUGCUUAAAAGAGAACUCUCCAGACAUCUAUCGCUAUCCAAACAUUCCGGAUUCGAUUUAUGCUCAUGCUCGCUAUCUUAUCGGUGCUGACUCUCGCUUUCUAGUCCCAUCAAAACCUGACAGGAAGCUUGGCAUCGCAACAGUACAUGGAGAUCUGCCUUUAAAAGUUUUUGACAAAGCUCUUUUGAGAAGACUACAUGAGGAGGCUGUGGCAGCCAAGUGAUCAGAAAGUGCUAAAAAUCCUUUUACUGUUUAGUAUUGUCUUCUAAUAACGGGUUUAUCGAUGUCUUUUUUUUCAAAUGUGCUAA